AUGGUGGAGAAUUCAGAGACGGUUGCAACUCUGAAACAAAAGAUUUAUGAAUUAGAGAAAAUUCCACCAGAUUGGCAAGAACUGACUCUUGACCCAAAAGUUUCAGAUACGCCAUCUACAAAAAAAGAUGACACAUAUAUUCCAAAGUUUCUUCCAUUUGCAGAAACCAAAUUGGAAGACACGAAAACUAUGUUGUAUUACAACAUUGAGGAGCAGCAGAUAAUAUCUCUGGAUAUUCGUUUGCAUCACUUAAAUGAAGAAACUCAUGCAAUGAAAGUGUAUAUCCGUAGACCAGGUCGUCCACACAGGCAUGUAGAUAUGAUAACUUUAUAUGUGGAGAGUUGGUGGACUAUUCGUUUUGUGAAGGUCAUUCUGCGAUACUUCUGUGUGCUGGAUAAGAGCAAGAUGAUGGAUGAGUUCCAAACGUUACAAUUUCAGAAGGUGGUGUUGGAUAAUGACAUGACUAUUGCUGAUUGCAAUAUUCAAAAUGAAGAUCGAUUGGAAAUUGUGACUGUAAAUAAUUAG